AUGGUGUCUCAAAGAUUGUCCUUCACCCUACUGUUUCUCUUCGCAACCUUAAUCACAGUUGCUAAAGGAAACACUAACAGAAAGCUAUUGUCAUUUUACAAUUAUUCUCCUCCUCCAUCCCCGGUCUAUCGUCAUCCUGUGGCUCCUCCUACUCCAGUUUAUCGACCUCCGGUUACUCUUCCUCCUCCUACUCCGGUUGCUCUUCCUCCUCCUAAACCUCCCGUCGCAUCCUACUACUACAAGAGAUCUCCACCGCCUCCACGCCCUAGAUAUGGAAGAGUGAAUCCACCACCUCCUCCCGCCAAACCAUGGUGGUGGUUCUUGUAG